AUGAGUACAUCACCAACAAACACUUUAAGUUUUACCAAUGCUACUGGAGAACAUAAACCUGUGAUUAAUAGUGAUGGCUAUCCUGCGACUCAAUAUUCGACAACUCCAUAUUCUAAUUCAUCAACUCAAUCACCAACAUCAUAUAUUUCAUCAAAUGGUAUGCAACACAUGGAUCGACGAUCAAGUUUAGCUGCUGGUGUUCCAGUAUUGCCAAUCCUUCAUCAACCUUUUGCCUCUCAUCAUGAUAUUAAAGUUCAUAAUUUACCUCAUCAUAAUCAUCAUAAUCAUCAUCCAGAAAAUUCUGAACAUCAUUCACCACCACCACCACCACAACAACCACAACAACCACAACAACAAUGGUCAACUAAUAAUGGGAGUCAUACGUCAUCAUCAUCAUCAUCGCCACCGUUUCCUUUUGGAUCUUAUACUACUACCAAAACCAAUCCAUCAACCACCACCAAUGCUGCAAAUGUUAUAAAUAAUUCUAAUACUACCACGAACACAAAUACAUCAACGAAAUCAUUUGAUGAUAAAACCACGAUAGAUGGAUCAUUCUUAAGUACUCAUAAUACUCAAUCUCCACCUUCUACUAUAGGUUAUUAUAAUCAAGGUCCAUUAUAUGAUCGAAAUGGUAUUAAUACUAAUAAUGCUACCGUGGCUGCUGUAGCUGCCGCUGUGGCUGCCAAUAACAAUACUGGUAAUUUUCCACAAGAUUAUCCAAUGAUGGCAAAUAGAUUUACUAAUGGUACUAUAACCGUAAUGUCAUCAGCCACCGAUAAUG